AAGGAGAUAAGAUGGGAAAAGAAAAAGAAAUCAAAUGUAGAAGAAAACAAAAAUCUACGCGGGGCCAAGCUGUUUGUUGUCCCUUAAAAAAGAGAGUGACAAAGAAAAAGAAGCACUUUGUGAAACUCUCUUCACACUUCAUAACCCCAAAAACCAAACACCCCCUAAUAAAAAACUCUCUCUCCUCUCUUUCUCUCUCUAGAAAGAUAAAAGACAUAACUGCAAUUGAGAAAUGAAGAAGAAUCUAAGCUUUUAAUAAGAAAAAAAAAAUAUUAAUGGAGGAGAAGAUCAUAGAAAGAAAGAACACAGCAUUUUCCGACCAUCAUCAUCAGAAGAUGAUUACUCCGGCAGAAAACAGUUUAUUAUUCGACAUGUCAUCGUGCGACGACAUGUUAGAUUUCAUCAGAACCCCUUGUUCGAUAUUCGAUGAUUUGCUUCAGACUAUUACAGCACCAUCAAAUCCUCCACUAGCGGCGCUGCCUCUCUGCUCGCCGGCGUUCACUUUGCCGCCGGAAUAUUCUGAGGUUGUCAAUACUCCGGUUACACCAAAUUCUUCUUCCAUAUCUUCAUCUUCGACUGAGCCUGCAGCUGCAAAUGAUAUUGAUCAGAAAAUGAUUACUGAAAUAACUGUUGAAGAACAAGUAGAAGAAGAACAAGAGAAGACUAAGAAACAGUUGAAGCCAAAAAAGAAGAAUCAAAAAAAGCAAAAAGAAGCGAGAUUUGCGUUCAUGACAAAGAGUGAGAUUGAUAAUUUGGACGAUGGUUAUAGAUGGAGAAAGUACGGCCAGAAAGCUGUUAAAAACAGCCCUUUUCCUAGGAGCUACUACCGGUGCACAAGUACAGCAUGUGGUGUGAAGAAAAGAGUAGAGAGAUCCUCUGAGGAUCCAUCCAUUGUUGUCACUACCUACGAAGGUACACACACACAUCCCUGCCCCAUUAUGACACGUGGCACCUUCUCUAUCAUGCCGGAAACACCCUUGUUCUCCUCCGCUGGCCGUGGCGGCGGCGGUGGCUUUGGUGGUUCUAUCACCCAUAAUUAUGCCAUCCAACAAAUGUUUCAUCAUCAGCAAUUAACACCACCACCUCAUUCAUCUCUUCAACAACAAAGACAACCCUAUUUUCAUAAUUUGACACCACCACCUCCUUUGAUGAGUUUAAUUAGCCCUAAUAAUAUUAGUAGUAGUUGUAGUAAUCCUACAUUUCUUCCUCCUGUAUUUCAAGAAAGACCCUUUUGCCCCUCCGCUGCCUCUCUUGCAAGAGACCAUGGCCUUCUUCAGGACAUGCUGCCGUCCCAGAUGUUUAACGGCCCGAAGGACGAGUAGCUAGAGAAGUUAAUUAUUAAUUACUAGUUUGUAUGAAUUUAAAUUUUCUUAAUUUACUAAUUAAGUGUGAAGUUUUGGGAGUUCUCUUUAGUUAUGAACCCACUUCAUAUAUAGUUUGCUUGGACGUACUUGUUUUAGUUCAUGAUGUUCUUUUAUUAUUUAUUGUACUUGUACUUUAUUUAAUCUAUAUUGAUAUAUAAAAAUUAAUGGAUAUAUAUAUUGUA